AGCAAGGUGGAAAGGUAACCGGUGCAUCAGUCGGAUGACAACAUGCGGGGACUGACGGGCAGCAGCUGGAGGAAGUUUGGACACGCUGGCAGGGGGACAUACGAGUGGUUAACCAGCGAACCAAGCCUACCUCUUCUGGAAACCCAGCUGCAGGGCACCCAGAAGAUAAGCUCCACCAAGGAUGAUGUGGAGCCCUUCCUCUGCAUCCUUCUUCCAGCCACCGUCCUGCUCUUCUUGGCCUUCCUGCUGCUUUUCCUGUACCGCCACUGCAAGGCGCCACGGCCCCAGGCGCAGGUUUUCAGCGUCGACCUCGCAGAGCACCCAGCCCCCGGGGAGGUGACCGACUUGCGGCCAGGCUUCCCCUGGAGCAGGGAGCCCACCUUCACGUACUCACCUCUGCCCCGGCAGGCGGCGCUCCUUCCAGCCUGUUUACCGCCCUCCUACGAGGAGGCCACCAGGCAGGCCCCUGGUGCAGGGGCUCCUGCUGCAGGCCCUCCGUGUGGAGAGGCUCCGCCUGGACUGGAUGAGCCAUUUAAAACCAUUUAAAACACAGCCCUCAACCCUUAAUAGAGCCCACCUGCGAAGGGGCAAGGCGAUCUAGACCUAAAAAGCUGCUAUUCCCUGGCAGACUCCUGGAAGAAUGGACCCUUUAAGCUGGGUAAAAGCUUGAGUAAUGUCAACCUAGCUAGUCCAUUUGCAAGUUCUCCAGGUUAUUCUAAAGAGGACUGGGCUCCUCUAAAAUGUAGAGCACCCCAGAGAGAAAUAGGAAAGUUCUAUGUGAGCUGAGGAAAAAGAAAAUUAGGCUAGCUAGCAGCCACAGGAGCUGGCUCUGAUGGAAAAAAAAAAAA